CAUGGUGUCGGCGCCGUCGGGCUCGCCGUUCCCCGAGGUGGUGGAGCUCAACGUGGGCGGCCAGGUGUACGUGACGAGGCACGCGACGCUGCUCAGCGUGCCGGACAGCACGCUGGCCACCAUGUUCUCGCCGUGCCGGGGCGGCCCCGCCGCCGCCCGCCAGCUGCCCAGGGACAGCCGGGCGCGCUUCUUCAUCGACCGCGACGGCUUCCUCUUCAGGUACGUGCUGGAUUACCUGCGGGACAAGCAGCUGGCGCUGCCCGAGCACUUCCCGGAGAAGGAGCGGCUCCUGCGCGAGGCCGAGUACUUCCAGCUGGGCGACCUGGUCAAGCUGCUGUCGCCCAAGGUCGCCAAGCAGGGCUCGCUCAACGACGAGGGCUGCCAGAGCGACCUGGAGGACAGCGCGUCGCAGGGCAGCGGCGAGCGGGCGGCGCUGGACAAGCGCUCGGGCUUCCUCACCGUGGGCUACCGCGGCUCCUACACCACGGUGCGCGACAACCAGGCGGACGCCAAGUUCCGCCGCGUGGCCCGCAUCAUGGUGUGCGGCCGCAUCGCCCUGGCCAAGGAGGUCUUCGGCGAGACGCUCAACGAGAGCCGCGACCCCGACCGCCCCCCCGAGAAGUACACGUCGCGCUUCUACCUCAAGUUCACGUACCUGGAGCAAGCCUUCGACCGCCUCUCCCAGGUUUCGGGUCACUUGCAAGUGGCAGAUGAAGCGGUGACGAAUGGCAAGCAUCCGUCUCGCAGAGUGCCCUUCUGCAUGGGAGCUGGGCUAGAGAGCGGUUUGGGGCUGAUAAAACCGCAGCUGGGCAAAAGCACCAGCCCUUGGUGGAGAUUUGCCGUUAAAAGACACAGCCUCUCCGACUUGUCCAUGUGUUUUGUGAGCGUCAUGGAGAUGGUUCCUGGCCCCCCCUGGAGAGGAGAGAAAGCCCUCCGGGAAGCUGCUGCCGAGGAACAGCAGCCGCAGGGGUGCCAGCACUUACCAGAAGCCUCUUCCUCUCCUCUGCCGUUGAAAAAGUUGCUCCAAAUGAGAUUAAAGGGAGUAAAAGUUCUGAUGAGACCAUCUUACAUGUUGCAGUAUAAUCUCGUGGAAGUCAUUGCAGUCUAUCAAGUCAAGGAGUUCUCUAUGCAGAUGGCUUGCUAUAAAAAUGCAAUUCAAAAUAUAUUUGAUAAUAGAUUUCAAAGAUUCCACUUAAAUGAUUUAGAGAAAUCAACGUAUGAUGCUGUGUUGGAAUUUGUCAUGAAUUUCAUGGUAGAGAGUGAACUUAAUUUUGGGGGCAGCACUGUGGGAGCUUUCCACGUGACACUGCAGGCUUACUUGACUGCUUUGGGCAGCGUCCUGCGUGCACUGCUUCGUGGAUUCCUUCAUUCUGCCAUCGAAAUAGAAGAAGCUGCCUGCAUCUGGGGUGGCUUGGGAAAAGCUGGUGCCAGCAGCACGAA